AUGCAAGGUGGAAAUCCAUUUGAUAGACAAGGCUUUGGACAGCCAGGAUUUGGAGGAAUGCCAUUCGAUGAGAAUGACUCUUUCAUCGCUGGUGGUGGAGUUCAGAAGAGAAGAAGACAAGACCCUAAUAGCAAUGAAAUUCAAAGAGAACAUGGUGUAUUCCAUGAAAAAUUAGGAUCCAUUUUAGGGCCUGCGUACGUUGGAGCAUUUGGACUCGGAGCAAUUUACGGACUCACAAAGACUCCUCCAAUGAGAGCAAGAAGAACUUAUAGACUCUAUAUCAAUAACUACUUGAAUGAAAUCGGAAAGACUUCCUCUAGAUGGGCUAAUCAGACUGCAGCAGCUGUUUUCCUUUAUCUCUUAGUUGGUAAAUGAAUCAACUUCGUCUUCUAUGAAGAGCUUGAGCAUCUUCCUGACUCAGCUAAGGCAUCAACAUACGGAUUAUUCACAGGACUUCUUUAUAAGAGUACUAGAGGAUUCAGACCAGCAUUAUUCGGCUCAGUGCUCGGUGCUUCCUUCGGAUAUGCAUUUGCUUCCUUCUGGGAGAGAUCAUCUGAUGGUAAGAAGUUCGGUCUCUAAAUAAAAUAAAAAGCAGAGAGAUUCUCUAUGUUUAACAACACCCAUGAUUUCAAUAGA